UAAAUGAUCAUUUGGUCAUUAUUGUUAGAUUUAGUGUUGAUGUUUGUGUGACAGACGGACAUUUAUGGAAAUUUACAAAUCGGAACAUUUAAUUGCCAAAUAAAGGACGGUUCCGUAUUUUACAGGACGGGUGUCUUAUCUUUCCAGGUAAAUAUGAGCUGUGUUGUGCAGUUGCGGUGAAGUUUUGUAAUGAAAUGCCAGUUGCUGGUUUCCCGCUCGUGGCGUGGCGUGGUGUAACGCUUCAUCAUCGCGUUAGCUUGUACUUCUGGUUGUGUCUACAAGCCCGCUGACGUUCAUUUGUCCAGAAAACAGCGUACGCCGUGGACAUUUAGUAAAUUUUAAUCUGUAUGAAGGCGAUGAAACCUGAUGGAUGCGCCCCUGCCUCACAUGCACGCCGUUAACACCCCAAAUUCAAGUUUGUCCAUAUACUGUGGAAAUGUACCGGACUGCAAUUCGAGAUACGGUAUAAUAUUUGACUUAGAGCAGUCUGCACGAGCACACGAAGGAGAGACACCAGAGUGGAGCGGAGCGAAAAGAAAUCAUCAGAUUGAUGCAGGAUUACCUUGACAAACAUCAAGUGUCUGCGUGUUUCGUCCAACAGAGGCAACUAUUGUGUUUGGUCCACUGCACACUAAGACAUCAGUUUCAUCAAACAGAGCAAAGAUGAAGUGGAGUCUGUUUGUGCUCAUCCUGAUGGGUCAGUGUUGCUUCUUCAUGUGUCAACUCUAUGAAUACCACUUCAUUAAUAAGAGCAAGACCUGGGAGAAAGCCAAGGAGUACUGCAAGGAAAAAUAUACAGACCUGGCCACAGUGUAUGACAUGACAGACAUGAAGAGACUUAAUAACUCUAGAAAGACACAAGCUGAAGCCUGGACCGGACUGUACAACAACCCAGGAAAAGAGAACAGGACGUGGCACUGGUCUCUGCCAGGGCUGGAGUACAAUGACAGUGAGGCAAAGUGGGAUGAUAAUAAACCAAAUAACGACAAGUAUCCUGAAAACUGUGUGGCAGUGAAUAGUACUAAUUUAUGGUUCGAAGAUGGUUGUGAAGAAGAACAUCCAUUCAUCUGCUAUGAUGAAAAGAAGCAACCCAAUGACACAUACUGUGUGAUUAAUAAACCAAUGACCUGGUCACGGGCUCAGAAGUACUGCAGAGACAAUCACACUGACCUGAUCAGUGGACUCACUCAGUUGAAUAACAUAACAGACAGACCUGGGGAAAACUUCUGGAUCGGCCUGUUCAGCGACAGAUGGAGGUGGUCAGAUGGGAGCAGUUCCUCUUUCAGAAACUGGGAUCCUGAAGUUGGAGACAAGAACUGUGCCUUGUUAAAAAGUUCUGGACAAUGGAGAUCUGUUGACUGUGAAGAAACAAAACCUUUCUUCUGCUACGACGAUAAAGUGAUCCUGAUCAAAGAGAAUAAAACCUGGGAGGAGGCCGAGGAUUACUGCAGCCACCACCACCAUGGUCUGGUGUCUAUCACUAACUCACACCAGCAGGAAUGGGUCCAGAAGAGAGCCAAGAACGCCGACACUCCCUAUGUCUGGUUGGGACUGCGCUUCUCCGGCGUUCUGGAUUUGUGGUUCUGGGUCAGUGACCAGCUGGUCUGCUAUGACAACUGGGACCCAGCACAACAGAUUGUUCGAGAUUGUGACAAGGCUGCAGCCAUGAAGAAAGAAGAAAAUAAGUGGGUCGAAGUAGCUGAAACUGCAAAGUUUAAUUUCAUCUGCGCUUUACAUUAAGUUUUAAAUCCACCAUAACCACCAUAUAUUUCUGCUGUAUUUUUCUGAGACUGCAACAAACUUAACAACACUAACUGUGUACAGUCUGUACUGUCUGUUCUCUGGGUUUAUUGAAUGGUAACAAGACAAAUGUUAGGAGUCUCAACCUGAACGUGGGACAGACAAACAGAUCUUCUAACUGCAGACUAGAUGUUGAUGUAAAGGGUGGAUCUUUUAUUAACCCCUGAUUGAAUCAUAAUGUGUGUUUAUGAGUGAAUACAAAUCUAUACUGUUUUGCUUCUAAUGCUGGUGCUGGUUAUAAUAUGUAAAACCUUGUUUUCUGUCAUGAGUGUAGAGUUUUAUGUCAGUCAAUUUAAUCAUCUCUAAUAUGAACGUGAAUUCAAACAAUAAAUGUAAGUUAAUAGCAAUCUGCCAUGUUUUCCACAGACUUGACCUUUGACCUUCUGUCUAAAUGCCCUUUAUUAUAUGAUUAUUUUCAAUUUAAUGAUAAAAAAAAAUGUUGUCAUAGCGGGUGCUUUGCAUUAGACUUCUUCAAAGAUACUGUACACCCAGAACCCAUGACUCAUUAUACAUUUCCUUGUUAAAUCAUGUGUGAUGUUUGAUGCAUGCUUUUUGUGAUACAUAUAUCAGCUGUUUGACAUUUGAAACCUAAUAAAACAAA